AGUUGCUUUCUUGAAUACAGUAAAACAGUGUGCUACAUAAGAUUGUAAUUUGGUGAUGCUGGUCAUACUAACUUAAUUGGGGUAUCUUAAUAACUUGUACUUUGAUGCUAAAGUUCACGUACUUUUCAAAUGUAGCCAAUUCGAAGCGCAAUCGAAGUAAGGGAAAACGGUUUCCUUUUUCCUUCAUUUGAUGGCAAAUUUGCUUUUACUGUCAAUGCGUUGAACAAAAUUUCUGGUUACCAUUAUGAGCUUCCCCUUUCGUUUUGUGAACUUUGUGCUGCAGUUGCUAACGGCGGUCCUGGAGGUUGUGGCCCUGGGUCUGCUCAUCCGGAUCCUAUCCACGCACUGCGUCCUGGGCGAAGAGUACGGCAUAUCGGUGUGGAUGUACACCUUCAUCCUGCCCGCCAUCGCCUGUCAGAGCGUGGUGCUCGUCAUAUUCCGGCUGUGCUGCACCACCGUGGGCCUCGAUCCAAUUGCGAUGACGUUUAAUUUCGCCAGCGGCUUCCUGUGCCUAGGAAGCGCACUUACCCUCCUGGUGUCCAUGGUCGAUCACUGCGGCAACGAGUUCGCAUUCAUAUUCUAUAUGUCGAGCGCCUUUGGCGUAAUCGCUGGGGUCCUGCAUUUGCUGAAUGCCUGCGUGUGCAACGUUUACAUUCCCAGCGGCGAAUGGUCUUACAUGAAACCUUCGAAGAGAGCAAGGAAAAAUGAGCUGAAAAAUCCUAGACGCAGAAGCUAGUGAUGCUUACUGGAUGUUUGUCCAUAUCUUAAGGAUAUCAUUUAUUGGUUGUAUUACUGUUUUUUUUUUACUUAGCUAUCCAUCCAUAUUAAAUUUAUAGUUGUUUCUUAAAAUGUUGAAAUAUAAAGGGCAC